AUGCCAUGCAGGGUCGUGCAAGUCUCCAGCCGUCUCGAGAAGCGGUCUCAGCUCAACGCAGAGCUGCUUGAGGGAAUAGGUCGUGGAGAGGUGGGAGACCAUGCCUAUGCAGACUCAAAGCGAGCGCUGAUGCUCUGGACAUCCACGCGGGCCCAGAGUUUGGCCUUCAAGGGCGGCCUUUACUGCCAUUGCUCCACACCUGGCAUGGUGGACACUGAGCUUGGCAGGUAUUCCGUGAGUCCAUGGCUGUGGCCGCUCACGAAGCCGCUCCGUAUGCUCCUCCUGCGAUCUCCUGCAGAGGGUGCUCUCGCGGCUGUGGCUGGUGGACUUCUUCCGCAGGCUACGACCCGUUUCGGACGGUACAUGGAUGGCGAGGUGCAAUUGGAAGACUUGGUCCUGAGCCGCAUGGGCGAGAAGGCCCUGGCGACGGAUCUCGUGAAAUGGGCAUCUAAAGCCACGGCUUUGGAGCAGCGCGCGGAUGGCUACGACCGCUGA